AUGAUAAAUCAAUUACUUGAUGAUAAUCGAACAACACUUUCCAAUCCGUUUCUUGAUCCAGAUCAACGUGCUAGUUUUGCAUCACGUUGCUCAAAAACUAUAAUACAAUGUAAAUAUAAGUUAAUGACUACAGAAUUAGAUGGAUUUGCAAUGGUCGAACAUCGUUAUGAUUUAACAUUAACUAAUUUAAAAGAAAAAUUAUUAAAUCUCAAUAAAGAAAAUCCAUAUGUUUAUACUAGUUUAUUGGUAAAUGUUACUGAAGAACGUCGACAAGCAAUGAUACAACGAUUUAUUCAAAUACAUGAACAUAAAUUGAAGACUUUUUUCGACCAAGCUCCGGCGGUGGCCAACAACAACUAA